AUGCAGGCACAGCAGUCGACUCAGGCAAGUGGGAGGGGGAAGCUGCCCGUAAAGCCCCGUCCUAGACCAGUGAAGAGUAAAAAAGCAGAAGUUGUAGCGACUAAUGAACUUACCUUGGAGAGUCCUAUUGUGCCGGCAACACAGGUCAAGGCCAAAGGCACAGGCAAAUAUGGCACCAUGGGUAGGGAUGCUGAUGGCGUUGAUGCAGGAGAUGGCGAAGUGAUCGGAAACGAAGUUGAGAAGUCAAAGAAGACGAAGAAGCUUAAGAAGGCCAACCUCAUUUCGCGCGAGGUGAUCAGUGCUGCAACGAAGCAUAUCAUCAAUCAAGGGAAGGCACCUGACAGUGACAAGAAAGGAAAUCUCUAUCCAAAGAUCGAUAACUGGCGAACUCUUGUUAAACCUCAGGAGGAAGUUCAUUCCGAACUUCAAACGACAAUAAAAAAUCCUGUUUUAAGGGCCGUCCAAUCUGCUUCGGGCAACACUUUGUCAGUGACAACUUUGAAAUCGAGUCAGACUGCAGCAACCACAGUCUCAAGUGCGAAAGAACCCCCUCCCACCUUGAUCAAAUCUUCAGACGGACUGGUAUCAGAGGAGGACGAGGAAGAAGAUGAGGAAGAUGAAGAUGAAGCAGAUGAAGACGAAGAGGAAUUACCAGAGCAGUUGUAUGGGUUCACGGCCGACAGGAAAGACAAGGCGGCAAUGCAGAGUGUUGUAGCGAUCUCUGAAUUUUCGGAUGAUGAAGUGGCCGAAGCACCGGCCAUCAUUCCAUUCAACUUAUUACCAUUCACGCAGCAAGCAGAUAUAGUAAGGUUUGCUUUAGAACAACCUCGAGCUCCAAUCAGUACUACCUCCAAAAGGAAAAUCGAGGACCUCGUCGGAUAUUACAGCUCAUCCGAAGAGGACAUUGCCCCCGUUGUCGUUGAUGCAGAGUUGGAUUUGCUUUCGGCGUCUGAGGUCGAGAUUGAGGAUGUUCCCAAGCCAAUGCGCACCACUGGCACCGCAAAGACGAGUGUAUCGGUCUCUGUGAAUCCGAACCCAUCCAAGAAAGCCAAAGUCGAACCGGCUCGCCAGGACCUGUCCAAGAAGGUGAAAACAGAACUCGUUUCUCAAAAGAAGGCCAAGGUCGAUCUACCUUCCAAGGACACUAACAUUCUGGUUCCCGCAACCCCUCAGCCUGACUUAAUGUUUGCGGAUAUGGCGACAAAGCCUAAAACUAUAGGGCAAUGGAGAAACACAGAUCUCCCGUCGAUGAUGUUGGAGGACGGCGCAUGGCGCAGAACUUUUAUACCAACAGUCUUUCUAUGGGCUGGCGCUCAGCCAAAAUUUUGGACCAUCGAGACUGAGCAGUUACUUCCAGCACUACAAUCUAUCUUUGACGUUGCUUAUCCAGGAACAAAUCACAAUAUCCAACCAAAGGGCCCUAUCAUAGGCUUGGUAAAUCAGCGUCUAUGCUCCUGGCGCAGUAACUUCGGAUCUACAGCCAUCGCCCUUGUUACUAACUUCCUCGCGGCCUCCAAAGCUGAUGAGGAUGAUGAGGACGAGGACGACACCAGUGACUUUGAGCAAGUGCUGGCAACUAACCUUCUCGAGGACUACGCUUUCCUCUAUGAGGAUCCGGAGACCCGUGACCCAGACCAGAUCUACCGGUCCAUAUUCAUGUUGGAAAUGAUCGAGGCCGCCCACAUUAAUGCCAUUGCUGGAUUCCUUGAUGUACCUGCGCUCAACACUCAUGGUUUGCAUUUGAAUGGAAUGCAGGCUGUAAUUGCUGCAUGCGCUGCUGCACUCGAACGUGCCUUUUCUUUCGCUGCAAAACCAAAAACCUCUGCUGACAACCAAAGCACUACUGCCGGCAGUACAAAGGGCAGCAGUAAGCCUCGCAAAAUGCCCCUGAAGCGCAAUAAAUCCUCGGGCAAGGACAGCACUGCAGCGUCGGCCUUUUCAGAAGCAAACUGUGGGUUGGUGACGUCUGAAUAUUAUGAUUCCUUGCAGAGGCGUGGGUCGAAGUACACAAUGGACACAAUUGCCAUGGUGCGUCGGCGGCAGGCAGCAUCCUCAAACGCUGCUGCUGAGGAGGUAAAAACCAAGGGGGGACGUGCCCUGCUUUUAGUACUGACACGUCUGAUAGAAUGUUCUCUGUUUUUGAUGCUUGUAUCACUGUUUCCGCUCACUUUCCGCCGGUGGUACUAUUAUUAG